GACGGCAUUUGGGCGAUCGCUUUCGCCAUCCGCUCCGUUCACGAGAAGCUCCGAUCCAUGAACUCCGCGCUCACUCUCAAAGACUUUCGAUAUAGGGAUCCAUUUUGGGCGCAACUAUUCAAAGAGGCUCUCAAUGAGACUCAAUUCAACGGCGUUACUGGUCGCGUCAGCUUUGAUAAGAACGAACGCAGAGGUGUUGUGCUUCUCAAACAAUUUCAAGGCCAAAAAGAGUACAAAAUCGGUGAAUACAUCACAUAUUCUGAUUCAUUAGAUUUCAAAGACGCUCCAAUCUCUUGGAGAGGUAUUUGCUUUGNCUAA